AUGCUCCGUUCAUCGCUUCGUGCGUUCUCGACGUCGGCGAGGGCGUCGCAGCAGCGCGAGAACCACAAGUUCCUCUCUCCGAACUCGUUCCUGGGAAGCUGGAAGGCGCCGCGGGACCCGAAGGAGGCGGAGGCGAAGCUGGCGAUGCUGCGAAGGGAUUACGCGAAGCAGGUGAAGGAGGUUCGGAAGGAAUACAUAAGAGAGAUGGAGGCGAUGAAGAUUGAAAAGGAGCGCAAAGACGAGGUUCUCAGGGAAGCCCUCAGAGUCGCCAACGAAGAGCGCAAGAAGCUCAAGGCUCAAGCAGCUCAGCUCAGAGCCCAAGAACGCGACAUCGAACGACAACAGUUUCGACAAACGCUCUUAAAAGAAAGAGCUGAGAAACUUGAAAACUGGAGAAUGAAAGCCAAAAUGCAUGAGAAGAAGAAGGAGGAGAAGAAAGAGUUAUUGCGCCGACAGAGUUCAAUGUGGGUUGAUGAAAGGAAUCUUGAGAUAGAAAUUGUGGAAUCUAUCACUAGAAAACAGUAUCCCUGA